AUGCCCGCGCGCCCCGGGCCCCUGUGGCUCCUGGGCCUGGCUCUGUGCGCGCUGGGCGGCGGCCCGGGCCCGCGCCCCCCGCACGGCUGUCCCCAGCGCCGCCUGGCCGCGCGCGAGCGCCGCGACAUGCAGCGCGAGAUCCUGGCGGUGCUCGGGCUGCCCGGGAGGCCCCGGCCCCGCGCGCCGCCCGCCGCCGCCCGGCUGCCCGCGUCCGCGCCGCUCUUCAUGCUGGACCUCUACCACGCCAUGGCCGGCGACGACGACGAGGACGGCGGCGCCCCGGAGCGGCGCCUGGACCGCGCAGACCUGGUCAUGAGCUUCGUGAACAUGGUGGAGCGUGACCAUGCCUUGAGCCACCAGGAGCCACACUGGAAGGAAUUCCGCUUUGAUCUGACCCAGAUCCCGGCUGGGGAGGCAGUCACAGCUGCUGAGUUCCGAAUUUAUAAGGAGCCCAGCACCCACCCGCUCAACACAACGCUUCACGUCAGCGUAUUUGAAGUGGUCGAGGAGCACGCCAACAGGGAGUCUGACUUGUUCUUUUUGGAUCUUCAGACGCUCCGAGCUGGGGACGAGGGCUGGCUGGUGCUGGACGUCACGGCAGCCAGUGACCGCUGGUUGCUGAGCCGUAACAAGGACCUGGGACUCCGCCUCUAUGUGGAAACCGAGGAUGGGCACAGCAUGGAUCCUGGCCUGGCUGGUCUGCUGGGGCAACGGGCACCGCAAUCCAGACAGCCUUUCAUGGUCACCUUCUUCAGGGCCAGCCCGAGUCCUGUGCGUGUCCCUCGGGCAGUGAGGCCGCUGAAGAGAAGGCAGCCAAAGAAAACCAACGAGCUGCCGCACCCCAACAAACUCCCAGGCAUCUUUGAUGACGGCCGUGGCUCCCGUGGCAGGCAGGUCUGUCGUCGGCACGAGCUCUAUGUCAGCUUCCAGGACCUCGGCUGGCUGGACUGGGUCAUCGCCCCCCAGGGCUACUCAGCCUAUUACUGCGAGGGAGAGUGUGCCUUCCCACUGGACUCCUGCAUGAACGCCACCAACCACGCCAUCCUGCAGUCCCUGGUGCACCUGCUGAAACCGGACGCGGUCCCCAAGGCGUGCUGUGCGCCCACCGAGCUGAGCGCCGCCUCUGUGCUCUACUACGACAGCAGCCACAACGUCAUCCUGCGCAAGCACCGCAACAUGGUGGUCAAGGCCUGCGGCUGCCACUGAGACCCUGCCGGCUGCCUGCCCGUGCCCCUGCCCGUCUCAUCAGGCCCCUCUCCAGAGACAGGGAACCCUCAGAUGCUAUCAUAGCUCGGGAAGGGGCAUUGGGGACCCUCACUUCCCUCAGGCAGGAGCACUGGGGAAUCCUCCUCUGCUCACUUCCUGCUAAACUUUUGGUCUAUUCCCAGCUCCCCUGCUCCCCUCCCUGGGGCUUAUGACCAGCUGCUCUUUCCUACUCCCACUCAGCUCCAGGAUGGAUGCACACAGCAGCUCGGAGCCAUACUGAGCAAGUGACCUUGGGUCAGCACUGAAGUCCUCCUACAUGAGGACCUGACCACAGCCAUCCCCAAUGUGGACAACCCUGGACGGUCAGAGGAGCCGCUGGAGUCUGAGGCUCUCGUCGUUUGGCACAGGGCUGGAGGGAGUCAGAGGUCUCAGCUGGGCCAUUUCUGGGUGUGACCCGACACACCUCCUUGGGACAGUACAUUACUGGACUCCUCUAACAGGUCAUGGUAGUGAGCUUUUUAAAAUCAAAAACGAACAAACUGGCUUGGCCUCAGGACUCAUGGUGAAGCUGGGAGGGACAUUUUAUGGGCAUGCCCUUCUGUCUGGGAAAGAGGUGUGAUCACAGAGGAGCAAAGAGCCUUCCUUACCCACUGACACACUGGGAGUUGGGCUCUGAGGCAGAGCGAACUCCACAGAAGCAAGGAUGGCAGUUGCAACGGCAGAACAGCAGGCGCCACCACUGCCUCUCCUUGCCCGUGGCCUGCAUCAGUACAGACCUAGGUUCCUCUCGCUCUGCGCCUGUGCGGGCCCUCCGCAUCCUCAGCGCAGACCAUCUGCAGGAUGGCCAUCACCAGCUCCUCAGAGGAAAACACUGGGCUUUCUGCCUGCUCCCUGAGGAGCCAUCCAUCCCACCGGCACAGUGGCCGGGCAGCUCUGGCGUGCAACAAGGAAGAGGAGCUUCAGCGUGUGCUUGUGUCUAAGAACUAAGAACAGGCUGGUCACCAAGUUGGCAUCACACUGAGGGCCCAGCAGCUCCAUCCUGUUUCUGGGGCCUGUGAGUCAAAAGGCCCCUGCCCUGGGGGAGUGACAGGUGGUAAUUAGGCUGAGUUGGGUGGGGAGGUUUGUCUCAGCCUCCUGUUCCCCGGAAACCACUGUUCUCCUUGGAGCAGCCGCUGGGAGCUGCAGUGUUUAUUUGAUUUCUGGCUUGCUAAGCCUGUAAUUUACCUGCGGGAACAGAGACCAGCUGCUCAAACUGUGUCAUUAAGAGUAGGUCCUGGGCCCACCUCCAUCCAUAGGCACACCCAGCGGAGGUGGACCCACCCAGGUGCCCAGGGUUGUGCUUCUCUGGGGUUCCCACUUGCGCCCCUGGGUGGAUCAUGAGAAGGCAGGUCUGGCAGCAUGGGUGAGGCCAUGGUCAUGCUGCAGGACAGCAGCCCCUCCACCUGCCCCUGGGAGGGCCUCCUGUGGUGAGCACAGAGGGAAGUGCCCUCCCAUGUACACAAAGGGUGGGUCCAGACUGUCUGGAAGGUGGUGAGUCCCCAAGUGCCUCAGGCUUCAAAGGCUGGCAAGGGUUGCACAAGGCACCAGCUUAAAUGUCAGCAGACUGAUUUGCUUAGUGUGUGUACAAAUCGCCUUCAUUAUCCACACUUGUUUCUCAUCUAUGACACGAAGACAUGGGACAAGUUUGUCAGCUUUCUGCUACUGUAACAAAACAUCUGAGCCAAUCAGUUGUAAAAAGGAAGGUUUGACUGGCAGUUCCAGAGGUGCACUCUGAGGCUGGUGGCUCCACUGCCCUGGGGCUGGCGAUGAAGCAGCAGCUACUUCCCAGUAGCACCACACUGAGGACUAAGCCUUUCACCUAUGGGUCUUAAAGGAACAUUCUAGAUCAAAACUAGAACAAUGCUCUUUCAUCCCAAAGACCCAGUCAGAGGAUCUGCCUGCUUCCUUGGCCUUCUCUCCCAGAGUCCAAGUGCCUGGCUGUGGACUCAGGACCUUAAACAACAGAUCUCUUUCCCUAAUGUCAGGGCAGUGGACAGUGGUAACUUCCCGACAAAUGUUAAUGUUUGUUCUCCUCAAUGCCCAGAACAUAGCCUGACUGGUCUGAGCCACAAGGAAAGUAUGAGAUAUGAGAUGAA